AACAAUUCCUAUCCAUGUCAAGAGUUCAGCGAUAAACCUUCGCGCUUCACUUCAGAAAUAUUUGGAUUCUCGAUGUAGCUUGGUCUGCUGUUAAGUUAAAAAGAUGUCUUCGCCCAAGAAGACAGACAAUGUUCGUGAUGAUCCAGAAAUAUCAUUGGAGUUCGAAGAUUCUCGUCCUCGCUCGGGCUCAAAGACAGCCAGAGACGAAGCAUACAAUUAUUUGACUCGACCUCGGGCGGGUUCCAAGACUGGUGUAUCUUUAGAUCCCCAUUCUUUGGACUUCUAUACACCUAAGCUCGAAGCCACAGAAAUAACCGAUCAUAGACAAGUCUACGUUGGUGUUCACCUUCCCAUCCAGAAUGCAAGCUCUCGUACGAGAAGAACAAGCAAGGAUUCUUCCAGGAGACGCCAUCAUCACAGACAUCGCAGAAAGCACAAAGGAGAAAAGGGUUCUGAUGCUUCAGAUAUUGAGAACCCAUGCUCCCUACCCAACGAAAGAGUGCGUUUCAUCCUUGGUGGUCAAGAAAUCGAAGUGGAAGGCCAUCAAAUAUUUGCUGAACUUGAUGAGUAUAGAGUUACUGAAGAAGGGGGAGUAUGGAAGGAAUCAGCAAGAUGGCUAAAGUUUGAAGAAGAUGUUGAAGAAGUUGGAGACCGAUGGAGCAAACCUCAUGUGGCUACUCUUUCUCUUUAUAGUCUGUUUGAACUGCGUAGCUGUUUGCUACAUGGCUCAGUACUGCUAGACUUGAAUGCUUCUAACCUGGAACAGAUAUGGGACUUGGUGCUGGAUGAUUUGGUCUACACAAAACAGUUAGAACAAGACAAUAGAGCCAAAGCCAAAGAAGUGCUUCUAGAAAAACAUGUUCACCAGUUUGAUAAAUCAUCAAAGUCUCGCAAACAAAAACCAAAAACCUCACAAAGUCUUGGCCAACAGCUUGCCAGCCUUGGCUCUAGAAAAUCUUCUGCACCAUCGCUGCAGGGCUUGGAGAAGAAAAAGCCUGUGAUUGAAGGCUCCAGGUCAGUGCCUUUUAAUCUCACGGCGCUUAUGGAAGAAGAUGAGCCAAGUGAUUCAGAUAAAUCCUUUCCUUACAUCCCAUCUGCUGUUUCAUUGGUUGGUCAAGGAAAUGAGGAGGAUAAAGACAGUGAGAGGGAUACUAACAAUGACACCUAUGAAACAUUUGAUCAUAACUUCAUGAAGAAAAUUCCCCCUGGAGCAGAAGCAUCCAAUUCUCUUGUUGGUGAAGUAGAUUUUCUAAAGAAGCCAAUCAUAGCUUUCAUUCGUCUGGAAAACAGCCUGCUGCUAAAUGACAUCACAGAAGUCCCUAUUCCCACCAGGUUCAUGUUUAUCAUGUUGGGACCCCCAAGUACCCCAGGACGAUAUCAUGAAGUUGGAAGAGCAAUUGCAACCUUAAUGUCUGAUGAAAUCUUCCAUGAAGUGGCUUAUAAAGCAAACUGCAGACAAGAUCUUCUGUCAGGCAUGGAUGAGUUUCUAAUGCAGGGGACUGUAUUACCACCAGGGGAAUGGGAUCCCUCUAUCCGUAUAGAACCCCCAGCAACUGUGCCAUCACAAGAGAAGAGGCUCAAAUGGGGUGAAUUGAAUGAUGAUGAAGACCAUGACCCAGCAGACAGAGAAGAGCAUCUCAGAAAAACAGGAAGACUUUUUGGUGGUUUACUAGCUGACUUGAGGCGUCGUCUGCCAUGGUACUGUAGUGACUUCAAAGAUGCACUCAGUCCACAGUGUAUUGCCUCAGUCAUCUUUAUCUAUUUUGCUUGCUUGACUCCAAUUAUAACGUUUGGUGGUCUAAUGAGUACAAAGACAGACCACUAUAUGGGUGCUGUAGAGCAGAUGUUGGCUGGUUCUAUUGGUGGAAUAUUAUUCUCUCUGUUUGGUGGUCAGCCAUUGAUCAUCCUUGGAGCAACAGGACCAAUGCUUGUGUUUGAAGAAAUCAUUUACUCUUUUUGCCAGAUGUCAGAUUUAGAAUACCUUCCAUUCAGAAUGUGGAUAGGAAUAUGGACUAUGCUAUUUUGCUUCAUUCUGGUCUUCACAGAUGCCAGCUCGUACGUCUGCUAUUUUACCAGAUUCACAGAGGAAUGUUUUGCUACUCUUAUCGCACUUAUUUUUAUUGUGGAAGGAUUUUCAAAAUUAUGGAAUGUGCAAACUGACCAUCCCAUAGACAUUGGCUACACAACGCACCAUGAAUGUUUGUGUAAGAAACAGACUACAUUUUUUGGGUCAGUUACUUUACCCAAUGGAACAGUAAUGAAUAAUUCGGUUACCAAUUGGACUGAAUUAAAUGUACCAAUACAGGACUGUGAGUACAAUGGAGGAAAACUCAUAGGUAUGGCAUGUGAUGAGAAUGUGUUUUUCUUAUCUGUUAUUCUCACCUUUGGUACAUUUGCCAUGGCUAUCUCCCUCAAGUCUUUUCGCAGCAGUACUUUCUUCCCAACCAAAGUCCGUGCCGUAAUAUCAGAUUUUGCUGUGUUGAUUUCAAUCUUAGUUUUUGUCAGUAUUGAUGUAGCCUUUGGUGUCAACACUCCAAAACUGAUAAUCCCCUUGAAGUUCCAGCCAACAGCAAGCCAUAAGCGAGGAUGGCUGAUACCUCCUCUUGGUAAGAACCCAGCGUGGGUGAUCGUUGCUGCUGCUAUACCUGCCGUUCUUGCUACUAUUUUAGUUUUCAUGGAUCAACAGAUUACUGCUCUAAUUGUCAACAGAAGAGAACACAAACUAAAGAAAGGUGCUGGCUAUCACCUUGAUCUGUUAAUGGUAGCUAUAAUUAUUGGGAUUUGCUCAGUUCUUGGUCUACCAUGGGUUGUUGCUGCCACUGUUUUGUCUGUCUCCCAUGUACAGAGUUUAUUUUUGGAAUCACAAUGCACAGCACCAGGAGAAAAGACAAAGUUUUUAGGAGUAAGAGAACAGCGCAUCACCGGGACUGCCAUCUUCAUACUGAUUGGUCUUUCAGUUCUCAUGACUCCAAUUCUCAAGUAUAUUCCCAUGCCAGUGUUGUAUGGUCUGUUCCUGUACAUGGGAUUCUCAGCACUAAAGGGAAUACAGUUCUUUGAGAGGAUCAAGAUCAUGUUUAUGCCUGCCAAGCACCAGCCUGAUUUGAUCUACCUUCGACGAAUCAAGAUCACUCGAGUCCAUCUCUUCACGUUCAUACAGAUUACAUGUCUCGUUGUGCUGUGGGCUAUCAAGUCGACACCUGCAGCAUUGGUCUUCCCAAUCAUGGUUCUCAUGCUUGUUGUGGUACGUAAAGUCAUGGAAAAGUUUUUCUCCAAGCAUGAGCUUCAGGUUCUCGAUGAUUUAAUGCCAGAAACAGUGAAGAAGAAGAAGCUCGUGGCAUCAAUGAGUGAAGGACUCAACGGUGAGGCAGUUGAUGGUGAUGGUGACGGUGAUGGUGAUGGUAGUGAAAGUGGACAGGAAGACGAUGUUGACGGAGAGAAGAAAGAACCACAGGUCAACGGGCCAACUCAGGUAGAAAUCCCCAUCAAUAUCAGUGAUGAAAUGACAAAGAGCUCCUUAUGGAAGUCGUUUGUAAGAGAAGGAUCAGUAAAGAAGAGAGACAAAAGUUCGAAUAACCACCACAGCUCAAGAAAUAAACACAGACACCGACACAAAGACGAUGGCAAACAUCGUAGUAAACACUCGCGUAAUAAAGAUAAAGAUCCCGGCUUGUGGUUCUCAAUGGACAAGAGAAGAUAUGAUGAAAACGAUACUGUAGAACUUAGGCGACUAACUGCAAUCGAAGAAGAUGAGCCGGUCGUGGACCCGAAAGAAUUCCUCGAGAUUCCCGAAGUUCGUGUAACAAUGCCUUCUUCGAAUGGUAUCAAUGAAACAAAAGAUAAGGAAGCUUGAAAAAUUAUAGGUGCAAAAUUUUUAUGAUAAAGGUUAUGUAUUUAACAUUAUCAACUCGAGUUAGCUAUCUUGAAAGAAGAGAAUUGAGCUUUCUUUCUAGAUGCCUGGCAGCAUAGUUAAUUCCGCUCCAUUUACUAUGCUGGCAGCAGCUGAAGAUGUCAAUCCAGAAAAUCCAAAUGUUGCUGAUGAAAAUCUAAAUUCUCACAUCGUUUUUCUUUUUUGGUUUUGUAUUAUAAAAGGAGAAUUUAGAUCAUCAUCAACAUCAUUUUGAUUACUGUGCUGAUCUGUUUUGUUCCAACAUGGACUCAAAUGGGACAAUCUAAUGAAUUUUAUAAUAAUAGCUAAUAUGCAUGUUGUUUGAUGCUGAUACGCUACCAGAACACUGUUUUCGCUUUAUUCUCUUGGCACGUCUAAUCUUCACGCGACCCCUAGCUUUUCGCUCCGAUGUGUUAUUUGACUUAAUAUCUCUCGUAACUGAUUUUGAUUGAUUAUUUAUUGGUCAGAAUAACCUAACAUUGCCAUCUUCGUGCAUUUUAUUCAUGUCAAGGUGUAACCAGGCUCAUCAUCUCUCGCUUAUGCAGCAUCUUUAUCCAGCGUUCUUACUUUUUCUACAAAAAUGGAAGUAUUUCUAAUAUUGAGUUAUAAUAAUUAUUGAAGCUCUUUCUUGGUGUUGCAAGGCACCUGAAGCAGGAAGACAAUAAACAAUAGACAAGGAAUAAGAUAAAGCUUGCUGCACCAAGAAAGACCCAGUAUUUUAUCCCAGUCGCCAUCUUGACGUUUACCAGAACUCGAUUUGACUCUCUUUGAACUCGUUGUCUCGUUUGUCGCAGGAAAAAUACAAAGGCUCCCAAACUUGAUUCAACUAUUACCUGCACGAGUGGUGCGGGAUGACAACGGUAUACUAGGGAUCCUCGACUUGGUAUAUCACCCAAAGAGUGUAUAAUAGAAGUCAUAAGCGUUUAGUGAAUGAAUUUUUUUUUAUCCUGGGUUUAUAUAUAUAUAUAUAUCAAAAUCCAUUUAAAAUAUUUUUCAAAGAGUGCCUCAAAAUUGCAGGAGCAUUACAUAAAAUAGUUAAAGACUAGAAUAAAAAACUCCUUGUUUUAUUGCGACUAGCUCAUACGAAACCAGCUAGUCGCAAUAAGACAAUGGAUCAUUUAUUCUAGUCUUUAACUAUUUUAUAUAUAUAUAUAUAUAUAUAUAUAUGUAUUUAGAAUUUCGGCUACUAAAUGAAAUUUUUUUCUGAUUUCAGACCACGUGUCACUCCUUGAGUAUCAUUUCUUUGUUUGGAUGCAAAGGAAAUGAAUCCUAUUCUCGAUGGAAUGACAUGUGGCUUGAGAUGGGGUAAACAAACGCCCAAUUUCAGCCAGUAGAAAAAACGUGGUAAAGAAAUGCAAGCAAUGAAGUUUUCUAGCGCAGACGUCGUAUCGCGGGAAAAUAACACGUGAUCUGUCCAAAAACAUUGCUGAGUGUUAAUUUUAAGUGUCACUGGACACCAAUCCUUUCUGCAUCUACCGUGUUACUGUAGUGAAUGUAUUCACUUCUAGCAGGCUUCUAAGGCCGGGCUAGAUCCUCUAAACUAAACCUCUACCAACCCCAUAUAUUGUCGUCGUACAUUGCCUAGAAAUGUUGUAAAUGAUGACUUGACAGAGCUAAAGCCCGGUUACCCGUUAAAUGGGCAUCUCAUAGCGGCCAGAGGUCGUUUAGUGGGAUCAGACUGUAAACUUAGUAUUUUCUAGUUAAUACAAAAUAAACCCCUUGACGGGACGGGAAUUUGCACGGUGGACAUGGAAGCUCAUUCCAGUUUAAGGUUUGAAAUUUUAAUAUUAAAUGCAGUGUAAAUAAGUGUUAGACUCGGGUCAAACGUUGAACUUCACAUGAGCCGAACCUAAUUAAAACAAUGGAGGAUAACAAGACGGUCUUUGAUUUCAUUGGGUUCGGCUCAUGUAAAGUUCGACGUUUGACCUGAGCCUAACCUGGAACUGAUUACGAUAAUCGAAUAAUCUAAACAAUACUAACAAUCAAUAAUCAGAUUGAAAAAAGAGGAAAAACGUCAUGUAUUUGUGCCAGGAAUGUGAGUAAAAUUUUAAAGAGCAAAUAAAGUAUAUUGUAUGUGA